AUGGAGGAGAUUACGGAGGGAGUGGGUAGCGUCAACAUCGGAGACGCCAUCAAGAAGAACAGGAUCCAAGUGUCCAACACGAAGAAGCCCCUCUUCUUCUACGUCAACCUAGCCAAGGUGUGUGUUGUAUCAUAAGGGCGGGAUAGAAGGACCGGGGAAUCCUCAGCUUCCGGCUCGUCCGCUUUUCUCUCCGUUCUCUUGGGAGCAUAUACCAUCUCCUGGGUUUACCUCCCGACUUCUCCUUUCGACGUGUUGCACCGUCCUUCCUGCUUCUUUUGGGUUCCCGUACCUUCUAGGGUCGAGGACACGGUUUGAAACAUAACCCCCCGUGCUUUUGAUGCUUUGGGAAGUGGGAUCAUCUCGACUGAGAUGGAUUGCACGAUAGGCGCAUUGUCUGGCUAGUUUCUGUCGUUUAAUCUGGUUCUUGUCCUUUGUCUCUUGGUGAAUUGGUGGUUUCUGUUUUCCCGCAGAGGUACAUGCAACAGCACAAUGAGGUGGAGCUAUCUGCGUUAGGCAUGGGUAUUCUUCGUUAACCUGCUCUUACCUUUCCGUUCAUUCUGUAUGUAGAUUCGGAUCGACUCGUUCGAUUGGCACGUUUGCCCAUUUCUCACUGCGCGCUAGGGACCGCUGCACACGCCUGCGCUGUUGUUUCCAGUCAUUCGCUGUAUUUCUCUCGAGUUUGCUGAUCCUCCAAAAGUAUAGCAUCGAUCGAUCAAAUAGAGGAGGACUCUCCGAUCUAGUGAGGAUUCGUGUUGUUGUUGGGCACAAACAGAGUCUGAUCUCGUGGAUCUUUCUCAUUAGUUUGGAUCCCUGAAAAUUUGUGGCAGCCCAAUACACUGAUUCAAUCCCAGUAUCAAUAAACGCAGAAGCCUGAGGGGGAGGGGGUGUAUGAACGCGUAGCUUCUCCUAGCAAGGCUGCAUUCACUUGGCCCUCACCCUUCAUAUCUGUAGGUGUGCCAUUUGCUGCAAACCAUCACCAGAUCACUGAUGUGCUGUCUUGCCCGCGUCAUCUUUCGAAGCACGCCUCUUAGAGAGACUUGGGGACAGUGAGAGUGAAAGAAAGAAGCUGGUUUUUAGGGAGAGUUCCCCUCGUUGCAUCCUCCAUGGUUUUGUGUCUGCCCACAAAUGGAACGGCGGCAGGGCCCUCUGUGCAAAAAAGGCCCCUGCUUCAUCUCCGGUGCCUCCUUUGAGUCUCUCUACCUGGCACCACUUGCUGGCAAGGAGCUCUCAUGGAGAGAGCGAGAGUCGGCCGCUGAUGGUGUAAUAAUCUCCUUUGUCGGAUGUGCCCUUUGGCGUCACGACUCUGAAUCCUGGCUUUACGUGGAGUAGUGCUCUUCUUUGUUGGCGAUGGGGAACAUGAUGCGUCUCUCUCUCUCUCUCUCUCUCUCUCUCUCUCUCUCUCUCUCUCUCUCUCUUUCUGCUUCUUUGCAGCAAUUGCGACCGUUGUCACUGUCACUGAGAUUUUGAAAAACAAUGGCCUGGCCGUCGAGAAGAGUAAGAUGCCGUUCCCAUCUUGACAUUUCCAAUUGAUAUUUUUAGAGAUUCUUUCUUUCUUCCUUACCGCGAGGUCUUUUGCGUAGAAAUCAGGACGUCUACCAUUGAGAUGAAGGAUGAGUUCAGAGGUCGGCCCAUCCAGAAGGCCAAGGUCGGAUAUUGACUGUUUCCUUCCACUUGGGUUUAUAUAUUGUGUUCAUUUCUCGUCUUAAACGGUUGGUUGGCUUCUUUUUUUCUUUUGUUGUUGUUGAUAUCAACAGAUUGAGAUCAUGUUGGGCAAGACUGCAGAGUUUGACGAGUUGAUGGCCGCAGCAGCGGAGGAGAGUGAGGAGGGAGAUGGUGAGCAGCAGAGCUGA